ACCUAAACCGAAGCCGCAUGAGUAGCUAGGACAAUAAUCAUGAUCCACCAACAAAAGUGCCACCAACGACGACUUUCUUUAAUGGAUCUUCAAUGGGGUUGUUUCGGUAGUUAAGCGAUUAAAAGAAAGUGAAACCAUAGCAAAAUUUAGAACACAAACUCUGUUUUUUUCGCCAAAGCCAUCGGUUACAUACACACACACAUCAUUAAGGACAAUAAAACAAUGGCGGACUUCCCAAACCAAACGUUAGACAAUGUUUGUUUUUUUUCAUUUUAAUUUAUUUUUCUUUUGCAUUAACUCUUUCUUCCCCUGACAAUCCAAAGUUCCCUCCUUUACUUUAAAUCAACAUCAAGAGAGAGAGAGACAGAGAGGGAGAAGGAGAGAGAUGGCAGGCAUUGCUGGUACAUGUCCUUUGGGUGCAUUGCUCAGAAACAAAGUUUCAGAAAGCAAUGGGAACUCUGUGGUUCAUUAUGAGGGGCUUAGAUUGCAGCAGAAGAUGCAAAUUCCUUCACCAACAAGUAUGCCAAGCCACCACAUUUCAGCUUCAUCUGCCAGAUGCAGAACAAUCAAGGCCAUGGCUUCCCCAACUGUUGCAGCACCAAAGAGAGAAAAGGAUCCAAAAAAGCGGGUAGUAAUAACAGGAAUGGGUCUUGUGUCAGUCUUUGGCAGUGACAUUGAUACAUUUUACAACAAGCUUCUCGAGGGAGAGAGUGGGAUAAGCCUAAUAGAUAGGUUUGAUGCCUCAAGCUUCUCUGUCCGUUUUGGAGGUCAGAUACGUAAUUUCUCUUCAGAAGGCUACAUUGAUGGCAAGAAUGACCGUCGCCUUGAUGAUUGCUGGAGGUAUUGCAUUGUUGCUGGCAAGAGGGCACUCGAUGAUGCCAACCUUGGAGAACAAGUCCUCAACACUAUGGACAAAACAAGAAUAGGAGUUCUGGUGGGAUCAGGAAUGGGAGGUUUAACGGCUUUCAGCAAUGGUGUGGAAGCUCUUAUACAGAAGGGAUAUAAGAAAAUUACUCCAUUUUUCAUUCCCUACUCCAUCACCAACAUGGGUUCUGCUUUGUUGGCUAUAGACACUGGCCUAAUGGGACCAAAUUAUUCCAUUUCUACAGCUUGCGCAACAGCAAAUUACUGCUUUUAUGCAGCUGCUAAUCACAUUAGAAGAGGUGAAGCAGAUAUCAUGGUUGUUGGUGGGACUGAGGCUGCAAUCAUGCCUACUGGUGUUGGAGGUUUCAUUGCUUGCAGGGCUUUGUCUCAGAGAAAUGAAGACCCCAAGAAGGCUUCAAGACCAUGGGACAAAGAUCGUGAUGGUUUUGUAAUGGGUGAAGGCUCUGGUGUGCUGGUAAUGGAGACCUUGGAGAGUGCAACCAAAAGGGGAGCCAGAAUAGUAGCAGAAUAUUUGGGGGGUGCCAUAACAUGUGAUGCUCAUCACAUGACUGAUCCAAGAUCUGAUGGACUUGGAGUUUCAUCUUGCAUAAGCAAGAGUUUAGAAGAUGCAGGCGUUUCCCCUGAAGAGGUGAACUAUGUGAAUGCUCAUGCCACAUCAACACUGGCUGGUGACCUGGCUGAGGUUAAUGCAAUCAAAAAGGUUUUUAAGGACACAACAGAAUUGAAAAUGAAUGCAACUAAGUCAAUGAUUGGUCAUGGUCUUGGGGCUGCUGGUGGUUUGGAAGCCAUAGCAACUAUUAAAGCCAUAAACACUGGGUGGUUGCAUCCAAGCAUUAACCAAGAUAACUUGGAGGCUAGUGUUACAAUUGACACUGUCCCUAACGUUAAGAAGCAACAUGAAGUUAAUGUUGGUAUAUCCAACUCAUUUGGGUUCGGUGGACACAAUUCAGUAGUUGUCUUUGCCCCAUUCAGGCCAUAAGUAGAGAGAAUUGAGAGUCAAGUGGAGAGUUUAUUUUUCUAUCUUUUUUCCUUUUCACAUUUUAAGAAUCAAUGAUUUUUGGACACAAUCAUGAGUUAUGGACGGAAAAUAGUUGUUUCAUAUGAAUUGAAAUCAUAACAGGGGGUAUAUGACUUACUACCCAGAUCGUGCGGUUUGAUGUAAUGAGCCCUGAAGUGAAUAAAAUUUUAUUUUCAG